AUGUUUGGAACUAACAGACGGAAUUCGAUAACCCCCGAAAAACCUCAUCCGGUCCCGAUUCAACCUUCCCCACUGGUUGCUCGCCUCAUCGAUCAAACCUAUUUGGUGUUUGAGCGAACCAAUUGUGCCGCCCUGGCGCUUCGUGACUUGGAAAGCGGAUUGCAAGUGAUCUAUCAUAAAAGUCGCAUUUUGGCGGAUUUAUUGUCUCACAUUGGCCCCUGCUUGUUACAACAGCCCGAACGAAUGAUAACGGCUACUGGAUGUUCCGCGGAUGAUUUGACGCUGCUUUUAUCCAUCGCAGCUGCUUACUCUCCCCCGGCGGCCACGGUACUUCAUUCACAUUUUAACGAAUGGUGGUUCUGUUGA